GCUAUUUUUACGUGUGUGUGCGAGUGCACGCCCCGUCGGCUGUGAGGGUUUGGGUGUACCACCUGCCCAACAGCCUCACUGCCUCAAGCAUCAUGGGCUCCACUCAGCAAUUCUCAUUAAAGUGGAACAAGUAUCAGCGGAAUUGGGACAAUUAUUUGUCAAAGUUGUUGAAUAAUCACAUGUUCAGUGAUGUAAUGGUGGCCUGUGAUGGACAAGUAUUUCAACUGCACAGGAUAGUCCUUGCAUCAUGCAGCUCCUACUUUGAGAAGACACUACAGAACAUCCCGGCCAAGGAGACGCCGAUAGUGAUGCUGAGUGAGAUCACGGAGCUGGAGAUGCGCACCCUCAUCGAGUUCAUGUACUGCGGGGAGGCCACCAUCGACCAGAGCCAGCUGGAGGCCCUGCUGAAGGCCGCCGAACGUCUGCAGAUCAAGGGUCUGGUCAAAUCGGACGCGGACGAGGAGCUCUCCGAUGACGCCGAGGACCGGGACUCUGCCGAGCGGCGCCGCCCGGAGCGGCCGGAGCCGGAGCCGGAGGAGCCGGACGGCUCCGAGUCGGGCCCGGAGAGCCCGGAGCCGGCGCCGGAGCCGGAGCGGCGGCGCUCGGUGCUGGACACGCCGCCACCGCCGCUGCAGCCGCUGUCGGCCGGCCCGCAGCCGCCGCCGCUGCCGCAUCCGAUGGGAGGACCGCUGGCCAGCGUCGGACCGCAGGCACUGCUGGCCGAGUUUGGUCGGGAGCCGCCGGUGGCCGCCUCCCCGGACAGCUGUGGGGACGGCCCGCCGCCGCCGCCGCCCCCGCCCGUGGUCACUCUGACCCCUCAGCGCGGGGAGGGUACCGACCAGGCCGGGGGCGCCGCCGGCCGGCCGCCGCCGCCGCUGCUGCCCUACACGUCACCCCAGAACGGACACGGACACUUCUUCAUGCCGGGAAUGGGUGGAGACACGCCCACAUCGCUCGGUGUCUCUAAGCGGAACACGCCCGACUCGCCGCACGUGCUGGCGGCGCUGCAGCAGAUCUCCGCCGGUCUGAUCACCGUGGCCGAGGCUUCCAUCCAGUAUGACAUCCCCAUACCGACGCUGUAUGUCAACAUGCGCCGACAGGGUGUCAAGGCGCGCGGACGCGUCGGCAUGGCAGGCAAGAGGAAGCCGCGCGGUGUGAUGAGUGCCGAGAUGCGGGACGCCCUGGAGGAGAUACGCGCCGGAACUAUCACCGCCUCCAAGGCCUCUCGGAAAUACAACAUCACCCUACCACGCCUGGUCUCGUGGAUGCGCAAGACGGGCGUUAAGAGCGCCUACGCCAAGGGCCCGAUGGCGAUGCAGGCGGCCUCGGUCGCCCCGCCGGCCGUCCCCGUGCCCAUACCGUCGCCGGUGCCGGAGAUGCGCCUGGCGUAGUGCUGCCACCUGACGGAGCGACCGUGCUGCCACCUGGCCGGCCGGCGCUGCCGAGCGACAGCAGCAUAUCCGGGCUCCCAGAGAGCCCGCCCUCUCCCGUGACGUGUCAUCAGCCGCGGCGCGGCGCCUCGCGCGCGAGCUGGCGCGCACCCCGCGCCAACAGCCAUCGCCUUGCAUGGACCACGUUAGACGCUGAUUGUAGUGUUCUAAACACAGUGUAUAUAUAUACAAGACGGC